UUACUUUGGCACCUAACUUUAAGUAAUUUCAUACACCUGUGUUUGAUUAUUUAACUCAUUAGGUAUUUUGUUUGCGCCCCUAUAAAUAAUCUCAGUUCCUUAGUCGGGGUCCUCUCUCAUUUAUGUUAUGUUAGUUUUUGUGAAUGCUUGAGUUACCUUGUUAAAAGACUUUCCAUGGAGCUUCAUUGUGAUCGUUCAUUCGUUUCACCAACCCGUAACAGAAGAACGGACCUAAAAACAAGAUGGACUGGGCUGAGGACUGGUUGUGCUGCCCACGACAGGGUGGUUGCCCUCUGGAUGGAGGAAUUAAUCAGGCUUAGCCAUGAAAGAUAAACAAUUCUCAUCCAUUCCCUUCUGAAAACCAUUGGGCCACACCAGCUCACCCGAUGUUGAGAUCCUCCACAUGCCUGGCUAUUGGAUCAGACCAUACCUAUCCUCCUGUGCUUUCCCGAGCACAGAGGUGGGUUUCUAACAGUGCUGACCUGGGGGAAAAGGUUGCAGACCCUGCUCUAACAUCUGUCCGGUCAGCACUGAUAUCUUUUUUCCCGUUCCAGCCCCCUGAACCAAUCCCAUCCUCAGUUCAGAACCCGCGGCUACAUCAUCCGCAAGCUCUCUGCAUGUACCUUCGUCGAGUCAGCUGGCUGUUCCCAAGUCAGGCCCACUGGCUGUUCGAGAGUCAAGCCCACCAGCUACGCUGCUGUCAAGCCCACUGUUUGUGGCUCUCUCAAGUCCACUGGCCACCCAAUUCAAAUAUAACCAAGGGAGGAGGAGGAGGAGGAGGAGGAGGACUGUUCACAUCUCUCAUCCCUGCCCCAGAACUUACUCCAGUGUUGGCCCAAGCCCCAGAACUCUCCUGCUCCUCCAGAGCGCCCUCAAGUGCCCGCUCCUCCAGAGUGCAACCCAGGAUUCCUUAUUUUCCUCAAGAAAAUUUGGAGGGGGUCCAUAUACCCAUGGCCAAGCCAGCUAAGGCCACAGAGGAUCCACCUCCCGAGUCCCCUGAUCCACCAUGGACUCGUGAGUCCCCAGCUCAACCAUGGCAACCUGAACUGCCUGCUUUGCCAUGGCUUCUGGAGCUCCCUGGUCCUCCAUUGGGCCCUGCCCUCUGUCCCCGAUGGUAUUGUUAAGAUGCGGGACACAUCUUCCGGAAAGGAGUUAGUAAUUUUAGGGUUAUGUUUAGCUUUUGUCCUGUUUUCAUUGUGUUUUCAGUUUAUCUGUUUACCUGUUUACCUAUGACCUAGUUUUACUUUGGCUCCUAAUUGUAAUUUCGCACACCUGUGUUUGAUUUACUCAUUAGUUCUUUUAUUAUGGUGAAACGGGCCCCAGGCUAUAGAGGAUGCUGCAGGAGAGAGAAGAAAAACGUUUUAUUAUUGUUAUCAAAACUAAUGCCUUAGUUACUGGUGUUCAUUGCAGUGGCUGAAUCAAAUGCAUGUUACCUGAGGUUUUAAUACUGCUACAAACAGAAAAUGCAGUUUCUCUCACUUCUGAACAAAUGUGAUAUUACACAAAAGAGACAAAAUCAUAUGUUUGGUUUUGAAUAAACUUUAAAUCCCUACAUUAAAA